GGAGGGGCCUGCUGUAGCUGUACUACAACUCCCAGUGUCCUGCGUGUGAGAGAGAGGAGGAACAGUCCGUGUUAAUAGUGUUAUUGUAGCGGGAGUUGCAGUGCGUACAGUGGGCUGUAGGAAUUGAUCGGUCGAUAGUGAAUUGUGGUGCAGCACAGCAGCUGAGGGCCAUGGAGUGCUGUGUGUCUUUAUAUGGGGGGUUGCUGCUGGGAGUUGUAGGGGGAGUCACAUGAUGUGUUGCAGUUCCAGCAGGCAGUGUCGCGGGCAACUGUGAGGAUGAGAGGGUCACAUUUGUGCCUGUGGGUCAUGCUGUGUCUCUACUUCCUGCCCACAAACACACAGCACUACUGCCUCGCUUUACUGCAGGGGGUAUUAGAGCAUUAUGGUCGCUAUGGGUUUACGGGGUCCCUGAUGUCUGCUCCUCAGACUCUCACUAAAACGGCGCCCCCUGUGUAGUCGCCGGCGAUGGGGAAGUUGCAGAGCAAAGUUAAAAGGAACGGCUCAAAAUACAGGGCCGAGAGCCGCAGGGAGGAGUGCGCUCCAGUUCAGCUACCCCGCCAGCACAGCCGGGCACACAAUGACGCCGUUACCUACAUCGCGGCUCUCAAAUCCGACCUGUGCGUCUCCGGGGGGAAGGACAAGGCUGUGGUCGUGUCCAAUUGGAGAACAGGAAGUGCCCUGAAGAGAUUGGUGGGGCACGAGCGAGAGGUGACUAAGGUCUCCUGUGUGUUUGGGUCGAACCGACUCUUCAGCGCCUCCAGGGACAAGACGGUUCUGAUGUGGGACCUGCAUGGAAAGCUUGGCCCGGCCCAGAGGUUUAUGGGACACCACUUAAUUGUCACCGGUUUGGCUGUGAGUGCAGACUGCAGACUGUUACUGACAGGCUCCCGGGAUAACACCCUGUGUAAGUGGGACGUGGAGUCGGGUCAGUGUGUGCAGAACACUGGGAUCUGCCGGAAUCUGGUAACUCACCUGUGCUGGGUGCCGGGGGAGUCCUACGUGCUGCAGACGUCCGAAGACAAGAUGAUCCGUGUGUGGGACUCCCGGGACCUGCAGGUGGCGCACACGUUCCCCAUGAAGCAGUAUAUCCAGAUGCACUGUGAUGUCAGCCAAGAUGGCAACUACUGUCUCACCUGCAGCAACGGCUUCGGGGGUCAGGGCUGUGAAGCUACGCUGUGGGACCUGAGACAGACCAAGGACAAGGUUUGUGAAUACCGGGGGCAUCUGCAGAGCACAGCGUCCUGUAUCUUCCUACCCGUGGGCAUGUGUGACACCCCAGCAGUAGCCACGUCGUCCCAUGACUGCACAGUGAAGAUCUGGGAUCAGAACACUGGAGCAUGCCUCAGCAAUCUCUUCCUGGAUGGGGCGGGGCCUCUGUCUUCGUUAGCGGUGUGUGACAGCAGUUCUGUUCUGUGCGCCACUUUCAACUCGGGGAUCUACUCGCUGCAGAUGGACCGCUCAAAGGGGGCGGCGCUGAGGCAGGUGCUGAACUUCUAACCUGUAGCCAAUCACAAGCCACUAAGUCGUGAUUUAUCUACGUGCUGCAUCUGGCACAGUGGGAGGAGCCAGGCAAAUACACCCACAGACCAACAGAGAAAUCUACAGGCUUCUCUCUCAUCAUCGUGACCUGCUCCAGUAGGAACUGCCAUACUGUGAAACAAUGGGACUGUUAGAGCUUUAUAACUUAGAUCUGUCUGUUCCUGCUGGACUAAUAGCACUGGAUAUUUUAUCUGACCUGUAAUUUAGUCUCAGCCCUUUAUUUUAUUAUUUAUUACAUUCACUAUGGUGUACCUACAUGUACCUACCCUCAUCAUGGGGCACUUAAUCCUUUCCCUGGUGCUCCAUUACUUGUUACUAGUGAAUCCCCCUCUCACCGGGUCAGGGACAGUCAUUGACAAAUCACUGUUUAUAGUCUUUUUUUCUAGGUUUUUACUGUAUCUUGGGCUAUUUUAUUAAAUAAAGUAACAGUGGCUCCCA